AUGAGGAGAGGUUGCAUUUAUAGGAAAAUGCUUACGGCAAUCCGACGCCAUUCCGACGAAAUUCCGACAAAUUAUAAAAAAUCCGUCGGAAUUCCGUCGGUUUUUUUAAAAUGGCUAACGGCUAUAAACGGGCAUAUUCUUUCUCGCCAACGGUCGAGAGCUUCCGUCGGAACGGCGUCGGUAUAUUCCGACGGAAUUCCGACGACCGUAACGGUUAUAAUUUUUGUCGGGCUUUCGUCGGAAUUGUCGUCGGAAUAUACCGACGACCGCCCUUCGUCGGAAGUUCGUCGGACUGUUCCGACGAAAUACCGACGAACCCGUGUUUUUGGGUUUCGUCGGUAUGUCGUCGGAAUGUGGUCGGAAUGGUCCGACGACUUCGCUUUCCGUCGGAGUGGUCGUCAGAAUUUCCCUGUUUUUCUUGUAGUGUCAUACCAAAGAACUCAGUUUGAAACUGAUAGUGAUAUCUCAACUACACAUUCAUCACAAUACGACUUUAAGACAAUUGAAGUUGCAACAAACAAUUUUUCCAGUAGUAAUAAGCUCGGUGAAGGUGGAUUUGGCGAGGUUUACAAGGGUACACUGUCAACUGGAACGGAAGUGGCUGUGAAGCGACUGUCGAAAAUGUCAGGACAAGGGACAAGAGAGUUCAGGAACGAAGCUGUUCUUGUGUCAAAACUUCAACACAGGAAUCUAGUUAGGCUUCUUGGAUUCUGUUUAGAAGGAAAAGAAAAGAUUCUCAUCUAUGAGUUUGUCCCAAACAAAAGUCUCGACUAUUUUCUAUUUGACCCAGAGAAUCAAGGUCGGCUAGACUGGACUCAACGAUACAAGAUCAUUGGAGGGAUUGCUAGAGGAAUUCUUUAUCUUCAUCAAGAUUCACAGCUAACAAUCAUACAUCGUGACCUUAAAGCAAGUAACAUUCUUUUGGAUUCCGAUAUGGUCCCAAAAAUUUCAGAUUUUGGACUGUCUACGAUCUUUGGAAUAGAGCAAACUCAAGGCAAUACCAACAGAAUUGCUGGAACCUAUGCUUACAUGUCUCCAGAGUAUGCAAUGCAAGGCCAAUUCUCCAUGAAAUCUGACAUAUACAGCUUUGGAGUCUUAGUUCUCGAGAUAAUAAGCGGAAAGAAAAACAGUAACGUCUACCAGAUGGAUGAAACUACUACUGCUGGAAACUUAGUCAACAAUGCUUGGAGGCUUUGGAGAAACGGGUCACCACUGGACCUGUUGGAUCCGGCCAUUAGAAGGAAUAAUCAGAGUAACGAAGUCACUAGAUGCAUCCAUAUUGCGCUCUUAUGUGUUCAAGACAAUCCAGAAGACCGUCCAAUGUUAUCAACUAUUAUCUUGAUGCUUACUAGCAACACAAUCACUCUACCAGUGCCUCAUCUCCCGAGUUAUUUCCCGCGGAACAAGCUCGAACUUGAGAAGGUAUCUGAGGGAUUCGAAUCAAGUCGAUCUACAGAAAAAUCUGUUGGUUAUUCUGUUAGUGACUCGUCCAUUACUGAUUUAGAGCCUCGUUGAAGAUGGAAGUGAUUCUCUGUGUGCAAGUUUGAAUGAUGCUUCUAACAUCAUUUUCUUAUUUUUAUUGUGAUUUUCUUUAAGAUUUGAGUAUUCAUGUGGGUUCUGUUUUUAACAAACCUAUUGACUGAUUCUCUUCUGUGCGGUGUCACAUAGUUUAGUUUUCACCUUGUGAAACGUUAGUAAUAACAACUUCCUUGUUUCCCA